UGCGCUAAGAAACCAGAAACAUUGACUGCGCGCUUUCACGACUACUACUUCAACUCGUACUCGCACGUCAGCAUUCACGAAGAGAUGUUGAAAGACAAGACGCGCACGCAGACGUACAUCCAGGCCGUGAUGGAGAACAAGCACUUGUUCAAAGACGCGGUGGUGCUCGACGUCGGCGCGGGCACCGGGAUUCUGUCUCUGCUCGCGGCGAAGGCCGGCGCGCGGCACGUGUACGCGGUCGAGUACAGCAACAGCGCGCUGCUGUGCGAGCGCAUUGUGCAGCACAACAAGCUCGGCGACCGCAUCACGGUAGUGAAGGCGAAAAUCGAGGACGCCGAGUUGCCUGUCGAGAAGGUGGACAUUCUCGUGAGCGAGUGGAUGGGCUACAUGCUGCUGUACGAAAACAUGCUGGAGUCCGUGUUGUUUGCGCGUGACAAGUGGCUGAAGUCUGACGGCUACAUGUUCCCCGACAAAGCCGCGCUCUACGCGGCCGGCGUCGAAGACGGCGAGUAUCGCUACAACCGCUUCUCGUUCUGGGACAACGUGUACGGCUUCGACUUUUCGCCGAUCAAGCAGACGGUGUUGCAGGAGGUGGUGAUAGACGCAAUUGAUCCGCAGAGCAUCGUGAGUUCGACGUUUUGCAUCGGCUACUUCGACCUGAAGACGGUGAAGAACGAAGAGCUCGACUUUGCGAGCCGCUUUCACUUGGUGUUUACGAAGAAGCAGUACUGCCACGCGCUAGUUGUGUGGUUCAACAUCAGUUUCCCGGGGCACCUGCCGCUGGUGCUUUCGACGUCGCCUUCUUCGAAGGUCACGCACUGGAAGCACGCAGUGCUUUACUUCGAGGACUACCUGCCGGUGCACGUCGGCGAUCAGCUCAACUGCAUGAUUGCGAUCAAGCGCAACUGCAUCAACCGGCGCAACCUCGACAUCAAGCUGAAGUGGGAGUUCGCGAACAAGUCGCAGCUGCAGCUGUUCUACCUGCAGUAG